AUGCCACCGGAAGAAAGAACCAAAGCAGAUAUGGCGACAGCGAGGGCACGUACGACCCUUGACAUCGAGCAAGUGUGCUACUUCUUGUAUGGUGGCAAAGUAAAUUGGGAUGUACGCACUCGUUUACUGAAAGUUGUAUCUGAAGACCCGGUUUUCGACAAGUCAGACCGCAGGCCAUUCAUGACACGCAAGGACCGGUACAAACGGGCUAUAAGAAUGACCAACAGGAUCUACGAGCUUCAAGACAUCUUUGGAUGGUCCAACGCAGAGACAACAGAGGCACUCGACCUAAUAGACGAAGAGCUGCCCAUUCACCUGAGUUCCGCUACAUUUGAUCCUGUCUUCAUGGAUCAAUGUGGUCCCAACUUGCGCAAGAAGUACAGCGAACUAGUAAUCAAUCGAGGUAUACAAGGUACAUACCUGCAAACUGAGCUCGCGCAUGGCUCGGACGUCGCCUCAUUGGAAACGACGGCUACCUACUUUCCAGAGAAACAAGAGUUUGAGAUACACUCGCCGACGCUGACGAGUACCAAGUGGUGGGCAGGCGCUGCAGGCCGAACAGCUACACACGGCGUCGUACAGGCGCAGUUGAUACUUCCUGGCGGGAAGGCCAUGGGUCCCCAUUUGUUCCUCGUCCAACUGCGUUCUCUAGAUGACCACAAGGCACUUCCAGGGAUCAUGAUUGGUGAUAUCGGCCCCAAGGCAAUGGGAGGUUACGGAACAGUCGAUAAUGGGUUUGCGAGAUUCGACCGAGUCCGGAUUCCAGGAGAGAACAUGCUCUCAGAGUACUCGCAAGUCACAGAAGACGGCCGUUAUAUCCGGCCGCCUCAUGCCAAACUGAGUUAUGCAGGGAUGAUGGUCGUACGCUCGCUCCUCGUGGGCAAGGGUGCAUGGGUCAUGGCGAAAGCGGCAACCGUAUCUAUCCGAUACUGUAUGGUUCGUCGACAAGGGAACCGAGGCGCAGAUGGGCUCGAGCGGCAGGUCAUAACUUACCCCGGGGUGUACUACCGACUGCUGCCAAUUCUGUCCCACGCGUACAUCUUCGUUAUACUUGGUCGGAGCUUGCUCGUGCAGAUGGAGGUCAUGAGCAAGCAGCUUGCAGUCGGGAAUGUGUCCAUGGUGUCGGAGAUGCAUCUGACAUCGUGCGCGCUCAAGAUCCUCGCAACGACCAUGGGCGCUCAGGACGCGGAGACGGCGCGCCGAGCUAUGGGAGGACACGGCUUCAGCGAGUUUGCCGCUAUAGGGAGGUACUAUGCUGACUUCCUACCUACCACGACCUAUGAAGGCGAUAACUUCGUACUAGACCUACAGAUAGUUCGCGGAGCGCUCAAAACCUACAAGACCCUGCAAUCAUCCGGAUUCUCCGCCAAUGCUGCGGCGAAGCUUCCUCCGUCCUCUGCUUACAUGCGCUCGUUGCUUCCAGAGUUUGCGACGGAAGUCUCUGAGCCUGAUUGGACCAGUCCGCGACAGGUGGUCGGUCUUCUCGAGAGGCGUGCCGCAGCGAUGGUCAAGAACCGUGCGGACACAAAGGACGUUGAUCCAAGCAUGGACAAUCGUGUCUCGAAGGCUGUGGUAGACGCUUACCUCGGUGCUCAAGUCCGUGGACUGGUCGAAAAUCUACGGGACGUCCUUCCGUCCCGAGAAGCGAGUGUUGUUGGCAAGCUGUGUACUCUGACGCUGCUGGCGUUGGCCGAGUCUGGGUUGGUGGACAUUCUAUCUUUCGGAUUGUUGCCACAGAAGGCUGGUGAAGACCCUUCAAAAGUUUUGCGCACGGCUAUCGAUCUUCUAUGUAUUGAGCUGCUUCCGGAGGCCAUCGGCCUUACCGACGCCUUUGGGUUCACCGACUGGCAACUCGAUAGUGCGUUAGGAGUCUACAAUGGCAGUGUCUACGAACAAUUAUGGACUCGUGCUCAGAUGGAACCUCUUAAUGCAGAAGAGCCUGUUUGUGGCUAUGAGCAAUAUAUCAAGCCUAUGCUCCGCCGGGGUCGUCGAUUAUCUGCAACGCGGAAAGCAAAGUUAUAG